AUAAGCAUCGCACCCGCAGGCCCCCCGCGCCUCACGCGCCGGCUCCCUUCGACCCCGCUCCGCUUCCGGCCACCACGAACAAUGGCGCCGCACCUCGCUUCCCUCUUGCUCGGCUCUCUCGCGCUCCUCCUUUGGCGGCUCCCGGUGGCAAUGUCGGGGUGCCCUUUGGACUUAAGCGGAUCGAAUUUUACGUUGGUGGCUUCCUUGUGCUCUAACAACGACGACAAGGCUAAAUGUUGCCGUUACAUAAAUGCAUGCGUGGCGGUUUCCGUCGCUCGGUACACGAACACUACGGGCAAUUUGGGAGUCGCCUCCGAUGUAGCUGAGGUCUGCCUGGAUUCGAUAUCGGAAACCUUGGAGCUGUAUGGAGUGUCGAGGAAUGCGGCGGCGUUCUGUGGCUUCGGGACGAAGAUCCCCGUCAACUAUGAUUGCGUGGGCCGGACAAAUGCAAUGCAAAUGCUGCAGUCCCCGGGAUUUGGGGAAGUGACCAUGAAUUGCAGAGUGCCACUUUCAGCUGAAAGCAAUUGCAGAAAGUGCGUAAAUGCUGGCAUCCUGUAUCUGCAUCAUGUGGUAGGAACUGAUGACAAUAUUACAUUCAGCACUUGCCGAGAUGCAACUUUCGCUGCCCUUGCAAGUCAAGUUGAUUAUAUGUCUUCGGUCAACAUUGCCACUUGUUUCUUUGGUGUUGAAGGGCUAAGUACUCUACCAGUUUCCAAUUCAUCGCAACCGUCAAACUCUCCUAAAGCUUCUCCAAGUCCUUUGGUUGCUGCUAGCCCGAGUCAACUGAUACUCGGUGUGCCUUCGAAUGAGACCCACCACCCUUACCACCUGACCCUAGUUCCAGGUGUUGGCAUUGGUGUUACGGUAGUGGCUGUUUUGAUGCUGGUUGUGUUGGUAUUUCUGAUUCGUAGGAAAAGCAGAGAGCUAGAGGACCCCGACGAUAUGGAUAUGACGUCUUCAAAGGUCUUCCCUCCUCCUCAUUCUAUGAAAAAGUUUCAGGAUGGUCAGUCAUUGAUGUUUCGGAAAUUCAGUUAUAAGGAGACCAAUAAGGCAACUGAUAAUUUUAACACUGUCAUUGGACAAGGGGGAUUUGGAACUGUUUACAAAGCGCAAUUUAGUGAUGGUUUAGUGGUCGCAGUAAAGCGAAUGAACAAAGUCUCAGAACAAGGGGAGGACGACUUCUGCAGGGAAAUAGAGCUUCUUGCUAGGCUUCAUCAUCGUCAUUUAGUUGCUCUUAGAGGAUUUUGUAUUGAGAAGCGUGAAAGGUUUCUUAUGUAUGAAUACAUGGCAAAUGGAAGCUUGAAAGAUCAUCUUCAUGCACCUAACAGAAAUCCUCUGAGUUGGCAGACAAGGAUCCAAAUAGCUAUUGACGUGGCUAAUGCUUUGGAGUAUCUCCAUUUCUAUUGUGAUCCUCCCUUGUGUCACAGAGACAUCAAGUCAAGCAACAUUUUACUCGAUGAGAAUUUUGUUGCCAAGGUUGCUGAUUUCGGUCUUGCACAUGCUUCAAAAGAUGGGUCAAUUUGCUUUGAACCAGUAAAUACUGAUGUACGAGGAACUCCAGGUUACAUGGAUCCUAAGUAUGUAAUCACUCAGGAGCUCACGGAGAAGAGCGAUGUCUACAGCUAUGGCGUUCUAUUGUUAGAGAUGCUAACAGCAAGACGGGCUGUACAAGAUGGCAAGAAUUUAGUGGAAUGGUCUCAAACAUAUCUGACAUCUACUCUAGCAAUAACUGAGCUUGUGGACCCCAGAAUUAAGGACGCCUUUGAUUUCGACCAGCUUCAAACCAUAGUGAGUAUUGUGCAAGGGUGCACUCAGCCGGAAGGACGGGCUAGACCUUCAGUUAAACAGAUUCUUAGGCUUCUAUAUGAAACUUCAGAUCCUGUCCAUAGCGGGUUCCUGCAAACCGAUGAAGAGGGAGAAUUUGGUGGAUGUGCAGCUCGGGGAAGAGCGAGUAAAGGGAAAAUGCAUAAGAACAACGCCGUUUUUAACGGUAGCGAUGUAAGAUAUCUAGCCUCUUCCUCUAGUACAUCUAGGUCACAUGGUAGUAGAAGCUUUUUGCUUGAAACCGGGUCCCCACAGUCUCCUCCUAAUAUGCUUUCACUAUGAGGCCUGUUUUUUCUCUAAGUUUUUAGGGACUUGGAAAGCAAAGUACAGAGCAAUCUAAGCCAGCAAAGGGAAGGGAUUUUCUUUUGUAUUUUCCCUUGAGAGUUUCCAUAUAUGCUUUCAAUUUUUGUUGUGUGUAGCCUUAAAGAGGAUGUCCACCCCUUGAGGUUUUUCAGUUGGCCUCAGUGAGCGGGUAGAGUUGAACAAAUGUAAGGUUAGUGUCACAAGUUUGCUCAACAUUUUGUUAAAGAGAGGUUACAAAGAGUUGCAUGUGCUUUUAUGAUUUCAUGAAAUUCUGAAAAGUGCUCUAUAGAUCAUUCUCAAUAAGAAGCGGUAUCGCUAGUGUAUCUGCUCCUUUUAGUUCUUGUAUUAGGAGCCUUUUAGACAGGAUAUGCAUUCCUUCAUCUAGACAGGCUAGCAGUAAAUCUUCACGAAGCAGAUAGUAUAUCUAUCAGGAGUCCAAUGCCGGUUUGGCUUCAUGUCCUUAAAAUUUGUUACUUUUUGCUUUUCGCAUCUCUGCAGUGGAGACCUUCAAACUCUAAAUUCUUUUGGGCAGCUUUUUUAUGUUGAUGUAAAUGUUCUAUGAUGUUCUGUUCUUUAUAUUAAAUCUUAUUCCUGUCUGA